UACUGAAAACUAAUAUGUCCUUCAAAUUGUUUACAUCUGCGUCUGUAUUUUAGUGAAAAGCGUGAAUGUGUUUUAGUUGCCUCGCUUCCAUGUGUGAUGCGUCGUGACGUCACUCGGGUCCAGCACAGCAACAAAGGAGAAUGCGGAGCUGCGUGCGGAAGCCAAAUCCCGUUAACGGCACUUCUUUCGCCUUACGAGACCGACAUAACACGUAAACAUGUAACAGUUGUGCGUACUUAUAUGGAUAAAUGAAGUGGCGCAGGUUUCGUUGGUGGAAGCGGGGUGAGAGAGAGAAUGUACUGGGUCGCUGGUUUCGCCUCCUCCCGGUCGUUCGUGGUUGAUCUUGGCCGGAAUCAGAGCCCGUCCAUCGGGUUGUGUGGCUCUGAUGAGCGUCACUUAUUUUAUGGGUACAUAGUUGCCGUCCCUGAUCAGGAUUUCUGUGGGAUCAUGUCGGGAUUGGUGUCGGAUUCCUGGUGGAGGAAGACGCUGUACAUCAGCGGAGGUGCCCUACUGGCUGCGGCUGCGUAUCUGCUGCACGAGCUGCUCUCCAUCAGGAAAGAGCAACAGUUGGAUUCUAAAGAUGCCAUCAUCCUUCACCAGUUCUCCAGGCCAAAAAAUGGGGUGCCAAGCCUGUCACCUUUCUGCCUGAAAAUGGAGACCUAUCUGCGCAUGGUUGAUCUGCCCUAUCAAAAUUACUUUGAUGGAAGCCUCUCUUCUGAAGGCAAGAUGCCUUGGGUUGAGUAUAAUUACGAGCAGGUGUGUGGAACUGAAUUUAUAAUUGACUUUCUGGAGGAAAAACUUGGUAUGAGCCUGAACAAGAGUCUGAGCGCUCAGGAGCAGGCAGUAGCUCGUGCCAUCACCACCAUGGUGGAGGAACACUUGUACUGGACCAUUGCAUACUGUCAGUGGGUGGAUAAUGUUCAAGAGACUCAAAGGAUGCUGGACCUUCCCGGGCCCUUCAGUGACCUGCUGAAGUGGAUCCUGUGUCAGCUGACUGGCGGCAUUGUAAAGAGGGAGAUGUACUGUCACGGCAUUGGCUGCUUUACUAAGGAAGAAGUCUACACCCUCAUGGAGAAGGACAUGCGCACACUGGCCACACUGUUAGGGGAUAAGAAGUACAUCAUGGGUCCCAAGCUGUCCAGUGUGGAUGCCACAGUGUUCGGUCACCUUGCACAAGCCAUGUGGACACUACCUGGCACACGGCCCGAGCAGCUCAUUAAAGGAGAACUGAUCAACCUCGCCAUGUACUGUGAGCGCAUACGGAGGAAGUUCUGGCCCGAGUGGUUUGUGGACUUAGAGGACUUCUGUUACGACAGCGACAAUGACACCAGCAGCAGGACGCCCAGCUGCAUGCUGGACCUUGGUCUAUUUUCCAGGACAGACACUUUAGAGGAAAGCGAUCUUAGCCUCCUUUCACACAGUAAUACACACUCGCAAGACUCUGACCACUCCGGACGCUCGCUCUCAGACUCUGACAUUGAAGCAGAUGGCUCGGAUGUGGAGCAGCAGGUCAAGGGUCAAGUCAAAUAAAGGUUGCUUUUCAUCUGGUGUAACAGCAUUUUGCGAUGUGUAGUGGCUCCAAAACUCAUAUUGAUAUGUUUUCACACUCUGAUGAACGUGAAUUAAAAACAAAAUGUGUGUACACAACGUUUACACCACAACGUUUAAGAUUUACACCACAGAAGUUGGACGCAUGUUAAAGAUCAUUCCUUCUGCCUUCUCUCUCAGAACUGUUUCUAUGUCCACAGUUUCAGUAUGAUUUCUAAAUAGUUUUCAUUUCAAGGAAACAUACAUUUCGUGAUUUUUUUCAGUCCAAUCAAUACUUCUAAUAACUCUCAAAUUUUAAUCAAACAUUUGCUCCGGAACACAAUCCUGUAGCUAAA